GCUCGGCUCGGGUGGCGUUCGGUCAAGCAGGUUCGAGUUCAGUUCUGCCCCUUCGAGAAGAACGUGGAGUCGACGAGGACCUUCCUGCAGGCGGUGAGCAGCGAGAAGGUGCGCUCCACCAACCUCAACUGCUCCGUGAUUGCGGACGUGCGGCACGACGGCUCCGAGCCCUGCGUGGACGUGCUGUUCGGAGACGGCCAUCGCCUGCUGCUGCGCGGCGCCCACCUCACCGCUCUGGAAAUGCUCACCGCCUUCGCCUCCCACAUCCAGGCCAGGGGCGCGGCGGGGAGCCGCUGACCGCGAGGAAGAGACCAACCAGUCGACCCUGGACUAGGACACUCCCUAAGAAGAGCUUGGCUCAGUCGUUGAAAUCACUAUCUGGAGGGCCACGGAGCGGGUGGGAAAGAUGGCCCGUGAUUACAGUCUUUUCAAUGGCAAGGCAAGAUUGGGGACAGUACGGAUGAACUUGAAUUUAUUUCACUUGUCAUCUCUCGUGGUCUAAAGCUUUUCGAUUUGGCUUCUUCCAUCCUCACACAUGGUACCUCGUGUUCUUAUUUACCAAAUCCAGAGCAGAAGAACACUGACACCAGACUGCGUGCUCUUUGCUCUGUCCUCAUCUUUCUUUCUGCAGCUCUUAAUGUACUUCUUGUGGAUUGCCUCUCCCUUUAUGUCCUUUUCUUAACCAUAAAGGUGUACUGCUCUCGUUCUUUUUCUUCUCUCGUUAUUCUUCCUGGGAUAUUGCAUCCGAACUUGAACUCCGGAUUAAAUUUGUUUGGUUCUAAUCCCAA